AUGGGUCGUAGCCUCAACCCCAAGGAGCAGCCCAUUUUCAAGAACAUGGUCAUCGCAGUUGCGGGCGAUAUUGGACAUUCCGAGGCAAAAAUCAAAGAUUGGUUGGCCCUCCGAAAGGGCACAUUCGCUGCCGAUUUCGACGACUCGGUUACUCAUGUUCUGGCCACCGAUGAACAGUUCAAGAAGAAGGGUCCUAUGAUUCAGAAAGCAAUGAAGAACAAGAACGUCAGAGUCUUGAAACCUGAUUGGUUCGAUCAGUCCAUGAACCUAAACAAGCUACAGCCGGUAUCCGAGUACUCACACAGAAAGUCUGAAUCAAACAAGACUUCUGCCAAGACCAAGAGCCAGACCCAGACCCAGGGCAAGGGCAAGGGCAAAGCCAAGAGUCAGACGCAUGAGGAAUAUGUGGACACUGGUAGUGUAGAGGUAUGCGACUUUAGAAUGAUACGAACUGACGUAAUAUCUACAGGCCUGUUUCACCUGUACUCUGACAGCACCGAGUUCAAGUAUGCAAUCACAUUGAGCGGACACGACGGCGACAGGUUCACUGUGGAGCUAUGGGAGUCUAAUAACCAUCAACCGCAUCUUUACCACUGUGCGGGCAAGUACUACAAGCAGGGCACGAAGAAAGGCAUUCCUUGGCGUAUCAGUGCGACUGCAGGCACUUUCCAGCGAGAGUAUGAAUGUUUCCGUUCCAUCUUCCUCAAGAAGACCGGCGUCAGGUGGAGUGAGCGGGUCAAGGCUGCCAACCAGGAAGGCCUGGUCGAGGCUCGUGUCAAAGACAGCCCUGCUUACAACUACCAGCUACCUGAGGAGAAUCAGCCACGUGGCAAAGCAGAUCUGCUUGACGAGUCUGCAUCUCUCAACUCCAAGGCUUCUGGUGGUGCUGGCAAGGCAGCCGCCGGUGCUUCGAAGACCAAGUCGGACAAUACGAUUGCAGCCAGGAACAAGUCUGCUCCUUCGACUCCUUCGCGGGCCAUCAGUGUGGACAGUAGUGACGACGAUACUGAGUCUCCCAGUCCUCCUCCAGCCAAUCUUCCCUUGAGGCCUUCGAAGAAUGCCGAUGAUGACUCGGCAACAGGGGGCAGCUUCCUCGACCACAUGAGAGUACCCAGCAUGGCGCAGAAACGACCGUCUCAGGCUCUAGGUACCGGCGCAGCACGACAGUCACCGGCUCCCAAGACUUCUACACAAAAGAGAUCAUCUCUUGCUCCGAGCUCCAACAAGUCGACCCCGGCUCGGACUCUGACUCCUGCCCUCUCACAGCAGUCUGUCUCAACUCCAAUCACGCCCAAGCCUGGAAGAGUCGAGGGAGCCGGAAGUAUACCCCAGACAUUGCCGAGGCUCCCGCACACCCCAGAGCAAUCGAAGACCAUCCCGGGAUGGACUCCGGUCACGAUACCUUCGGCCCCGAAAAAGCCAGAGACCGCCAAGUUUCAGUCGUCCCUCAAGCGCCCCCGCGACUCGACAUCGAGCACGCCCACCGGCCAUGUACAGAAGAAGCUAGCAAUGAUGCGCGGCCCCGUCGACGAGAACAAGUUGCUCAAGGCAAAAAUGGCAACAGAGGUCAAGGCACCCGAGCACAAACCCGAGGCUCUUGGCAUCUUUGGCAACGGUUCUGGCAUCAUUGAUGUCGAUGCUGAGGAGGAGACGACUGCCAAUACCGAGGCGUCGGCAGCAGAAGCAGUCCAGACCAACGUUGACAAGGAAAAGUCCACGACGCCCGCCCUCUCUAUUGAUCUCACCAUGGACGUGGAUGACAAUGCAGCACCGCCCGUCGACCCCGCCGCCACGGACAAGGACGAGGUCAUGGUUACCGAUACUGCCAACGAGCAAACAGCCACCACCACCACCACUACCACAUCCACCGGCCCUUGCACCUCCCCGGGCGAUGUGAGCGAGGAUAUGUCCGAGCAUGAAGGAUCCCAGAACGCGUUCCAAGGAGAUCACGAUGACAAGUACGACGCUCUCGAGAGCUCCCUUGAGGAGGAUGAGCGCAAGGAUGCAGCCGAGGUCGACGACAUGGCCGUCGAUAGCGACCAUGACUCCGACUCUACCGACUCUAACUAG